GAUGACUGAAAUCAAGAUUCUCUCAGAUAAAGGACAAGGACCUGCGUUGGCUGCCUUUGGUGCAACUGUACCGCCGGAGAAUACAGAGUUCAGCACCUACACGAACGACAGCAACUCUUUGAUAGCAGGCUCUAAUGACUCCAUUGACUACGUUUCAAAUGAUCCAGAAGAGCAGCCAUCGAGAUACUUGAUCGGUUUGAAGCGUAAGAACAGCGAUACUAUCACUUUUCAAGAGGCUCCUUUAUAUGUAAUGAACCGUCAAAUUAGAUCUUUGGCUCAUAAAUCAACCGAACUCGAUGACGCUGAUAUGGCAGACAGAAUGAGAGCUAGAAACGCAUUAGGUGAAACUUUCGGUACAAAGAAAGCUAAGAAGGCUAUCAAAGAGGCUGAGCGUAAUCAAGUCGAUGUUGAAGCAAUGGCUAAUGUCGCGGGAUACAUUCAACAAGAUAUUGCUGAGAACACUGAUAUAUUACCAACAAGAGAGAAUAUCAAAGCUGAAGCCGAUGCUCAAAGACCACUUCCACCAUAUGAUCAAUCUGGUGGUAGCUUAGAAGAAGUCUACAAGAUAUCUUCACUUAUCUCAGAUCCAGAGUUCAAUAGCUGUAAAGUCGACAAAUUGCUCACCGCAAAAGAUGCCUCAGCUAUCGCUCAACUAUUGCCUUCUGGAGAUAGCGUCAAUUACAUAAUUGAACGUUUGGUGGCUCUCAAAACAGUCAAAGGAAACAAGUCUAGCAGAACAAAGGUUAGAUUGUUGCUUUACAUGUCAUAUCUCUUCGCGUUUAGAACAUUGGGUAGACAAUCACGUUCUAAAGUACAAGAAAGAACAGGUGCACCACCCGUCAUCGUUGACGGUUUGUUUAGUAAAUUCACCGAAACGGCUAGAGGUUCAACUAAAUCUUCAAUGACUCCAUUUACUCAAGCCAAAUUACUUAAUUACAUACUCGUUUUGACUUUACAUGUCGAUGAUAAUUCAGUUGAUCCUUCACAAAUCGCGAAAGAACUUUCAAUGCCAGUACAAAAGAUUAACGAAUCUUUCAAAUCGCUUGGAUGUCAAUUAGUUGCUCUCAAUCUCGCCGAACGUGAGAAGGUUAACGUAUUAAACAAUCAACGCGGGGAGGAAUCACAAGAUGCAUCAAAAUCUGCAAGGAGGGCAACACUCAAGAUCCCAUUGGAAUUCCCACAAGUUAGAAGAGGAAAAGCUAAGCGCUAAUUUAUUUAUUUGUAUAUUUUUAGACAUAAAUUCUGUUUUCA